AUGCCCGACGCCUUCUUCAAGUCGGACAAGAAGCGGAAACGUAGCCGCAACGGUGGCGGCGGUGGCGGCCCGUCGCGCGGCGGGCCGAGGGACGACAUGCCCUCUCGCGGACGGGGACGGAAGCAGCAGAAGGAAGACGAGGACCUGAGCGACACUGGCGACGAGCUCGACAUCGACGACAUGGACUUCCAGAAGGACCGCGCGCCGCACAUUAUGUCCGAUGAUGAGUUUGUCGAUGCCAACGAGACGGCGGCCGAGAAGCGUGUCCGUCUCGCGAGGGGGUAUCUCGACAAGGUGGCCCGGGACGUGCAGCAGGCGCGGGAAGAGGAUGACUACGAUGCGGCCGACAUUGACCGUGAGCUGAUCGCGUCCCGACUCAAGCAGGAGGUGGACGAAGCCGAGGGCCGCAUCCACAUGUUCUACUCGUCCGCCUCGGCCUCGAACCCGCGGUUCAAGGCGCUGGGCGCCGUCCCAACGGGCGUGGGCAUGGUGCUCUCCAAGCCGAAAUCCAGCAGCGACGGCAAGGUGACGGGCGUCGAGGCGAUCUACGUGUCGACAAAGGGCGGCGUGCAGCGUCUCGACCCGGGAUUGAAGAAUGCGCCGCUGCACUCGACGGAGGGAGGACAUCAGGGCCCCGUGCUGUGCAUGGCCGCGAGCGAGGACGGCAAGUGGCUUGUGACCGGAGGACAGGACCGGGUCAUUGGCGUCGCUCCCGCCGCUGAACAACCCGACAUACCACCUCCUCUCUGCCUCUCUCUCGCGCCACCUGGCACUGCACUCGCUCUCGACGCUCUCGCCACUGGAGACCUUCUAUGGACACCAGGACUCGAUCCCGAGCGUCUCGGCGCUGAAGCCGACGACGUCGAGGAGGAGGUGCAGCUCGUCCUCCGUGCGGGCGGCAAGACGCGUACGCCCGAGGGCGAGUGGGUCGAGGGAUCCGUCGAUGUCGUGACGAUGCUCGACGACUCUCACUUCGUGUCCGGCGGGGAUACUGGCAGCAUCGCGCUCUGGAGCACGGGCAAGAAGAAGCCUCUCUUCACCCACGUCCUCGCCCAUGGCACCGACAGCGAGGGGCACAACCUCCUCCCGUCCGAGACGGGGCCGAAGCCGCGCUGGAUCACUGCUCUCGCUCAUUUGCGGGGAAGUAACCUUUUCGCAUCCGGAAGCUGGGACGGCGAGAUCAAGUUCUGGAAGAUUGACAGCGAGCUCAAGCGUUUCGAGGAGGCCGGCAGCGUCAAUGUCAAGGGGUUCGUGAACGCCAUCCAGAUCCUCAAUACCCCCAAGGGUAUCCGGCUCGUGGCUGCUGUUGGACGCGAGCCCCGCCUCGGCCGCUGGGUCACUGUCAAGGCGCGCAAUGGCGUGUUUGUCGCCGACGUCGAGCUGGAGAAGUAA